AAUCUAUUGUUCAGAUUUUUUCUUUCAAAUAUCUGUUCAAUUAAUUCAUCAUUUUUUUACAAACGAACUCAAACAUGUCUAGUAUGUCAAUUUUCAAUGGAUUUUGUUUGUUCAGUUUUUUUGUAUAAUAACUUACUUUAUUUGAUUAUUUACAAUAAAAAAUGGUUCUCUCAGCAAAAAGCGUUUAAUUCGUUUCAGUAUUUCAUUAGCAAAUAAAGGAAACAUAGCACUUUCAACCGAAAAAUCGUUCUAGACCAUCGACAUAACCCCCAAAUGUUCAACACUGUUCAAGCCGCUUCGUUUUCCCACUUUCGCUGGGGUUCAGUUUGGCUGCGGAGAGCGCGCGCAGCGGACAUCGCUUUAAGCAACCAUAAUCAAACGAAACCCUUCAUUGUUCGACAUUAGUCACACGCGAAUCCUCAAUAAAAAAAUUAACGCUAUUUGUUUGAUUCAAAGAAAAAACAAAAAUGUGAAUUAAGACCAAAAGAAAAACAGUGAAACAAUCGUGAGGAGUACAUUCUCCUCGGCGACCAGAUGAGCAGUUUCAGCGUUGAGUGGCCCUCGAUUACGCCUCGAAAAUUGCUCCCCACGGUAGUCCAGCGCGCGCGUACAUCGCCUACCACAAGCUCGCCGGCAUGGACGGUCAGACCGUCACGCCACCGGCUGACUGCGAGUGCGGCGUACACCCGUCAGGUUUCUACCUACUCGCGACCUUGCUGCUCACCAGUUGUUCGACAGCGAUGUUAUGCGCUGCCAUCAUGACAGACCACUGGGAGCACGUGGCGUGGGACCGAGCCGCGCUGACCGCGCUAGCUAACACGUCGCACAUACCGCUGCAGUGGCUGUUAGAUGAAAAAGUUGUCAAAGUCGACGACCCGAAUAACAGAAAAGGAAUCGGGACCUUUUUGGUCCCUAUGAACGGAGGUAUCUGGACGAUGUGCGUCUCUUUAGAAGAGGAGGAAGCCACGAUUUUGUCAAGAGUUGGCUUCCCAAAGGAACCGGUCUGCACGAACUAUUUGGCCGAUAGCGACUACGAAGAGCCCCGGGCGGAUUGGCAGCACCGUAUGCAAAAUCUAUCGAUAUCUUGUGCGUUGGUCUGCCUGAUAGUGCUGGGAAGCGCGGCGCUGGUGGGCGCUUUCGGAGUCUGCAAGCAUCAGAUCAGCGCCGUUCUUAUAACCGGAGUUAUGUAUUUAUUGGCCGGUCUCUUUGCAAUGUUUACGUUAAUGAUAAUCCACUUCAAACGCGUCCAGCGGGUCUCGUCCCGGGGUAGUUCUCAUGGAGACGACACGGGAGAUGGAGUAGUCGGUCCCAAGACUACAGUCAUUCCUCUCCUUUCCGCAAGAGAAUUCUCCACGUCGUGGUCCCUCGAACUCGGCUGGGGGGGAGUUGUACUAGCGACUACAACUUCACUACUGUGGAUAUUACUAUCGAAAAUAAUGAGAUACAAUCCCAUAUCGACUAUGCUGUUGUAAUUAGACUGUUCCUCUGUAGUUAUAUCAACUCGUCAAUAUUACACAAAGAAUUGCUUGUCGCUUUGGUCGUCAAUUGUCACAGCCGUUUCCACAUCUGGUAGCGCAAUGAUACUCUUUCUAUAAGAAUGUUCCAAAUUUGGUUUUUUAUUUUUAUUUCGAAGGAACAUUCUUGUCAAAGAUUAAACUCAAUUUUUUAUUAAUUUACGUAUUAAUAUAUAUUUUUUCAAAUAAAUUAAACAACUUCACUAUUGUGGAUAUUACUAUCGAGAAUAAUGAGAUACAAUCCCAUAUCGACUAUGCUGUUGUAAUUUAAUUAGACUGUUACUCUGUAGUUAUAUCAACUCGUCAAUAUUACACAAAGAAUUGCUUGUCACAACCGUUUCAACAUCUGGUAGCGCAAUUAUACGUUACUCUUUCUAUAAGAAUGUUCCAAAUUCCAAUUUUGAUUUUUAUUUUAUUUCGAAGGAACAUUCUUGUCAAAGAUUAAACUCAAUUUUUUUUUUAUUUACGUAUUAAUAAAUAUUUUUUUCAAAUCAAUUUUAAUUACAUCCAAAUUCGUGAACGCGACUUGAAAUAUGAUGUAAACAUCUAAUUAGUCAAUUUUUGUCACCCGAUACUUAUAAAUUUUAAUACAUAUUUAAAUUGCAAUUGGAACAUUCUGGUCAGAUUGUUGUUACCUUACACUCUAAAUCGUCCGCCUUAAAGUUUAGACGAACGCACUCACACAAUCAUAAUUGGUACUAAUAUAAUUAAUUAAAAACAGGCUACUACUCUAUUUCUACGCAAUUAUUUAAACGGUGUUCCAUUACCUAUACUUAACUUCACUGUAAUUUCCAAAGCUGCCAGUCACAGUUUUACUUUAGAAACUUGGAUUUCUAUUUCGUAACGGCAAUGCUUUACGAUUAAAAGGUAUGUAAAUUUCAGCAAGUUCUUUAUCAGCAUUCAAGAAACUCUAAGUUUAUAUCAAGCUAUUUUUGAUGAGAUAGAAAACGAAUGUAUCUUAAAGAAAUAGGAAAAACUGUUAAUAAGCCAAUGAAUCUAAAACUGAUGAGGUAUCCAACAAAAUUAUGGAACUCUUUGAAAUAUUCUUUUAGUAAUUUUUUUUUAGUAAAAAUCCUAUCGAAGUUUUCACGCUUUGAAAUUUGAUGAAGCUUUAUUCAAUCGCAGAGCUUUCCACCGUCCAUCGCCUGUUCUAUAUCUUUACCUACUAUUCUAUUCUAUACAACCAUAUACGAUGUUACUAUUUAAUUAAAAAUAUAUAUAUUUCAAAUUUAAUGAAAAUCAAUCUAGAAGGCAGAAGUUGUUUCAAAAACAUAAUAGGCAUUAAUAUUCGAAUGUUAAAUACUUAAUUAAUAUGUUAAUAAUGAUGCUUAACAAAUUAUCGAUUUUAUUUAGCUGAUCGAUUCGAAUUUCUAGAAUAAUUUGUAAUUUUUUUUAAACCUAUAUAAUUUAAAAAAAAUACAAAAAAUAAGUCUUAAUUAUAGAAAUUAAAAUAGAAGUUUCCAGUUGCCUCAGUCGCAUUAAUCAGGCUUUUAAAACUUGCUAAUCGAAAUAGUUUUGCCUCUUUGGAUCAGGACUAAACUCGCGUCAUCUGCUACUCGAAAUGCUAAAGUUUUGAGAUUUACGUAGUUGUCGAGCUGUUACGUAAAUAAUUUUCAAUUUUCGCUUCAUUUAUUUCAUGGUUCGGGAAUUUGACAAUACUAAAAUCAUGGAGACGUCAAAACGGAGUUGAACAAUACCAAAUCGUUAUAUAUAUAUAAUUUUUGCACAAAACUCAAUUGUAAAUACAACUAGGUAGUGUAAUUGUUGAAUUUAAGGGGCACUUUUGAAGUUUUCUUUUUUAUAUUUAUGCACAAUUUUAUAAUUAAAAUUCUGAGAAUGUUUGUAUAUUUUGAUUGCAGUUCUGCUUUAAAAAAUAUUGUGUAAUUCGCUUUAAGACAUCUUUUAAAGUAUGUGGUGCUGUAACUAAACAAAUAUUUAAGGUAAUUCACUGGAAUGUUGAUGUUAAAUUGUAACGUUAGGCAAAAUAAUGUUAACAAAAUAAUGUAAGCAACGAAUACAUAUAUUUCUCGUUUUAUUAUUGUCUGACAGGAUAAACCAACAGAUGAAAACAAUGAACUCAUUGUCCUGUAUAAGAUAAUAAUCAAAAUGUCUAUACAAAUUUGACAUAGGAAAUAGAAAAGAUUUUUAUUUAAAAAGUAAUGUAGUUUGAAAACAUUAUUUAUAUUAGUGACAAUAUAUAGCAGUAAUAAAGUAUUCGUUUUGACAUUUGUCAGCAUAAUUUGUGCAUUAUUUUUAAUCAUAUGAAUCCAGAAGCUGGCAACAUUUCGUUAUAGUGCUGCAGUUGUAAUAAUUUAGAGAUACAUUUUAUUGGUUGUGCUUUAGCUAGAUAUAUUCCAAUUCAACUAUAAAAUAAUUUUUGAUCUAAAAAUAGCUAUUAGGCAGAUUAUCAAUAUAGACAUUUCUAAAUAAAAGUGUUAGCAACAACAUCGAAGUAUCGAAGUUAACAUUUUCCUAUUACUUUUAAUUAAUUUUUAUAUUAUUAUUUAAGCGUUUUGUAAACGACUCUAACGUCAUUAAUUUAUGAUUGUAAAUACCUAGUAUUUGAAUUCAAGUGAAUGUACAAUUUGUUAACCUUUUAUACUUAAUUGCGGCAUUAAAUCAUAUUAUUUUUCUCUA